AUGGACGGCGAAGAGCUCCCUAUUGUAGAAGAGGAAACUGAAGUAGAUUCUACAAAUACUGUUUCAAAAGCGGAACCGGAGAGGUCCUUGUCCCCACCACUGGUGUCUCUUAAUAAAGAGACAGAAGUCAAAGGUCACAGGCGGCGGGGAGCUGUGAAGAGACCAAGUUUAGCGCCAGGGUCAGCCAAUACUCUUUCAUCUCCUACUACAGUGAUCCCACCCGCAGGGAAGAAGAAUGUUGUGUUAUCCAACGAAGCCAGAAAGGAAAUGGCCAAGUUAGCCAAAGUCACAAAGGAUGAGAGACGAGCACAGCUGGAUGCUAGGCACAAAUAUUUAAUCUCCAAACUGGCUGAUGGCAUUGGCAUUGGUGAAAAUGAAGUGGAGGAUUUCCUUAUUUCCGAUGAUAAGUUUAGUUUAAUGGCGGAUUUCUUUGCUCCAAACGGAUCCAAAAAGCUAAUAUUCUUCUACCAAGAAGUUGCUCAGCCGAACAAGUCAAAUGUUUCCAUGUGGUCUGAUGGGGCAAACCUAAACUCUUCCUAUGCACAUCUACAGAAGAAGCUAUUUAUUACGAUGGGUUCCACUGAGGGACUUACAGGGACGUGUCUCUUUUUCUUGAGAACAACAGAUAAAUCGAUCACGACGGCAAACAUUUCUCAGGAGGUCAAUUUCAGUAUGUUUGAGUGCACAAAUGGCAAUAUUCUGCAAGGCCUGGAAAUUUUACUUGCUCGGGUUCUGGUGCCUUCACUUAAAUGUCAAGAGAACUGGGGAGCCGUGAAGGAAGGUCUACAGAAUCUACAAAUACGAGAAUUUUUGGACUCUCUAGAUAAAUUUGUUGCAACUUUGUCAUCUGCAAGAAGCAAUUUGGAAGGAAAAAUCGAACUUAAGAAAGUUGACGUCGGCAAUUUCCUCGAUAACUUAAACGAACCAUCAGACUUCCUUAAUGCAGGCGGUAACAGUGAAACCAUUGAGAAGUUAGAGAAGAUGUUGAUGGUUUGGAUCAAACAAAUCGAGCAGGUCCUUGCUGAGAGUGAGCAGAUGAGGAAAGAAGCCGAUGACAUUGGCCCCUUUGCAGAGCUUGAACACUGGAAGUCACGGAUGUCGUCAUUUAACAGUCUUUUAGAUGAGAUAAAAAGUCCCCGAGUCAAGAAAGUUCUCAGCAUUCUACAAGCUGCGAAAUCCAGGAUUCUCAAACAGUGGAAAGAACUGGAUUGUAAUGUUACGAAUGCCGCCAAUGAAGCAAAAGACAAUGUGAAAUACUUGUACACUCUUGAUAGAUUUUUUGGUCCUCUUGGAAAAGCUUCACCCGCAACAAUGGUUGAACACAUCCCAAGUUUAAUGAACAGCAUCCGAAUGAUCUACAGCACGUCACAGUAUUACAACACUUCAGAGCAUAUGACAUCACUUUUCCUCAAGGUCACCAAUCAAAUUGUUGGCACAUGCAAGAACUAUCUGAACCAAGGGGUUGCAAAAAUCUGGGAUCAGGACAGGGAGGAACUUCUCAAGAGGAUCCAGGAAUGUGCCUAUCUGAAUGAGCAAUAUCAAGCUGCCUUCCAUAAGGUGAAAGAGAAGCUGAAAGAAACCCCAAAUGAAAGACAAUUUGAAUUUAGUGAGAAUUACAUAUUUGGGAAACUUGACACUUUUUGCAAGCGUCUAGAGAAGAUAUCGGAAAUGAGCAAUAUUUUGGAAAGCCUCGCUGAUCUUCAGAACAUUAGAACUGAGGGAAUUGAGAAGAUCAGCAUCCGUUACCAAACUAUCGUUGCCAACACCAAAGCAAAGACUUAUGAUGUAUUGGACCAUAGAAGGCAGGAGUUUGAUAAAGACUAUGUGGAGUUCAAAAAUCAAAUUGAGGGGCUUUACCAGUCACUGCAAGCGUUUGUGGAUUCUUGGUUUGAAAAACCAUUGACUACGGAACAAAUGGUAAAUCUGUUGAUGAAAUUUGAACGAAUCGGCAAGGACCAUCUUGACUUUGGUGAAAAAUACAUGGUGGUGCUACAAAGAUACAAUCGAGAUUUGGACAUGGUGAGAAAACUCUACCAAAAGCAGAAAGAAAAUCCACCAAUACCACGUAAUGUGCCUCCUAUAACAGGAAAGAUUAUGUGGGCUCGUCAACUCUUCAGAAAAAUUGAGCAGCCAAUGAAAUUCCUCAAAACGAAACCAGAACUUUUAAAGGGCUUAGAAAUGAAAAAGAUCAUUCGGAACUACAACAAGAUGGCAUCCGUGCUUAUGGAGUUUGAGCUCUUGUACCACAGAGGGUGGUGCAAAUGUGCAGAACUAGCCAAAAACGGGCUGCAUGCAUCACUCCUUGUACGACAUCCGGACACCAAGGAAUUGUACGUCAACCUCGACCCUAUGGUGUUAGAAGUCUUAUAUGAAACAAAAUACCUACAUAAACUGGGGUUUGAAGUACCAGAUGUCAUACUUGAUAUGGCCACAAGAGAGAACCAAAUUAAAAUGCAGCAAAUUAAGCUACAAGAUAUGUUGCAGGACUACAAGACAUUUUAUAAUGGGAUCCCUGUACUGCUGAAGCCACUGAUGCUGCCGUUUAUCACAGAAAUUGAAGAAGCUCUGUCACCAGGCUUGACGCAACUCUCUUGGACCUCCCUGAACAUUGACAAAUAUAUUGCAAAUGUCUACAGAAACCUGAAACAAGUAGAACAGAUCUGCAAGGAAGCAUCUGACACCCUGGACUGCCGUAUCGAGAAGUUGCUGCAGGGCAUCUCUGAAACUUCAUUGGUGGAUCUACCAGAAGAUAACACCGUUGCUGUUUCCGCUUUCCUGGAGGGGACAGAAAAAGUCGUAGCAGAGGCUGCGGAGACCUUGUGCACGCAGAGCAAACAAGUGGAGCUCUGUUUGUAUGAAAUGAUUGAUACACUGAAAAGUAAAAUGAAACCAGCUGAUAGAAAUAGUCUACAGGAUUCGUUUGCCUGUGCGCAUCUUGAUACAAAGUUAAAAACUCGCUGCCAGGAGUGUCUUUCCUGUAGCUACUAUAAUGCAAUAGGGCACUUGUGUCAGAAGAAUACCGAUUCACUGGUCAAAUGUACCAAAGUUUCAUUAGAUGCCUUAAAGCGUCGCUUGCACACCACCAGCUCUAAGUACCAGACAACGAAGCUUACAACAGAUCAUGGCUCAACUCCGCUGUUUAAAGCUGAAAUUCAGCUCGCUAUUCCAAAUGUUGUCAUGAGGCCAAGCCUGGAAGAUAUACAAAGUGCUGUAAACAAAGCCAUUAAUGUAAUACUUUCGUCGGCGAAGGAUAUCCCUCUAUGGAAAUUUGCACAUCUACAUCACAAACAGCAGCAGAUGGAACAGAAUGCUGCCAGAGAUUUGGGCGACGAACUCACUAAGAUGGUUACGCUGAAACCUCUGGACAAACAAAUCACUGAACAUAAAGAUGUGAGCAAAGUUGUCAUCCAGCUAAGCACCAUUGUCUUGUCCCUCAAGGCAGACGCAACUGAUGUCCUUAGCAGUUUUUCUACGUUUUCUGGGAUCUGGAACCAGGAUGUAGAAGAAAAAGUAAAGGAGUUCUUGGAAACCAACCCAGUAAUGUCUGAAUUUAGAAGUCAAUUGAGCUAUUAUUCGCAACUGGAGACGCAAAUCAGUGAACUCUCCGGUCACUGCAUCGUGGGCCCUGUGGACUUUGCUACUGACUGUUUAAAAGUGUCUUUAGUCCAAGAAUGUCGUCGAUGGAAAAGGGCGAUCGGCUCAGCUUUAAAUAAAAAAGCUGCUACAGACAUGGAUGAGAUUUAUUCCUUUAUUGAUAACCUCAGCAAGAGACUGAACAGACCGAUUAACGAUCUGGAUGAUGUGCGUGGCGCUAUGGAUGGUCUGAAAGAGAUAAGGGACACGGAGAUAAAAAUCGACAUGAUGAUUGGACCCAUUGAGGAAUCAUACAGCCUUCUGCUGAAAUACGAACUGCUUUUCCAAGAUGGCAAUGCAGAGAGAGUGGAUGGGUUGGCAUAUGCCUGGAAGAAUCUGAACGCACAGGUUGUUCAAACACAAAAUUUGCUCAUGAAAGUGCAGCCAGCCAUGAAAACUGAUUUAUUAGAAGGUGUCAAGAGAUUUCAGGUCGAUGCCGCAGAAUAUUAUAAAGAUUACGAUUUGUCUGGUCCUGGUGUGGAAGGGAUUCCACCAAGGGAGGCAAGUGACAGAUUGCAGGUUUUCCAGGCAAAGUUUGAUGAAUUGUGGAGGAAAUAUGUCACCUUUUCUGGCGGAGAAGAACUCUUUGGCCUUUCUAUGACAGACUACCCAGAGUUGCAAAGGAUAAAACGUGAGCUGUCUUUGCUUCAGAAACUGUAUGGCCUGUAUAAUUCAGUCAUAGACAGCAUUACUGGAUAUUAUGAUAUCCUCUGGACUGACCUGGAUAUUGAGAAAAUCAACAACGAGCUACUAGACUUCCAAAACCGAAUCCGCAAGCUGCCCAAAGCUCUGAAAGAGUGGCAGGCCUUUAACGACUUGAAGAAGAAAAUUGAUGACUUCAGUGAGAGCUGCCCUUUGCUUGAAAUGAUGGCCAACAAAGCAAUGAUGAGAAGACACUGGGAUAGAAUUUCACAGCUAACUGGCCACAACUUUGAUGUAGAGUCAGAAACAUUCUCUUUAAAGAAUAUAAUGGAAGCCUCCUUGCUGAAGUAUAAAGAGGACAUUGAGGACAUUUGCAUCAGUGCUGUGAAGGAAAAGGAUAUUGAAGCCAAGCUGAAAAAUGUUGUCAAUGAAUGGAGUGCCCAUGUAUUUACUUUCGCCCCCUUCAAGGCAAGAGGGGAGCUACUUCUUAAGGGGUCAGAUACAUCAGAAAAAAUUGCACUAAUGGAAGACAGUCUUAUGAUUCUGGGAUCCAUCAUGAGUAACAGGUACAAUGCACCGUUUAAGCCAACCAUUCAACAAUGGGUCCAGAAACUGUCCAACACCACAGAGAUCAUUGAGAACUGGCUCACGGUGCAGAAUCUGUGGAUUUACCUGGAAGCCGUAUUUGUUGGAGGUGACAUUGCAAAGCAGUUACCGCAGGAAGCAAAGCGGUUCCAGAACAUUGAUAAGUCCUGGCAGAAGAUAAUGCAGAAGGCACACGAGACCCCUAACAUCGUACAGUGUUGUGUUGGGGAUGAGACCCUGGCCCAGCUGUUGCCACAUUUAUUAGAACAACUAGAGAUGUGUCAGAAAUCCCUCACUGGAUAUUUAGAAAAGAAACGUUUGGUAUUUCCAAGGUUUUUCUUUGUUUCGGACCCAGCUCUUCUGGAAAUCCUUGGACAAGCAUCUGAUUCGCACACCAUUCAGGCGCACCUUCUAAGUUUGUUUGACAAUGUCAACAGAGUGGGCUUCCACGAAAAGAACUAUGACCAGAUUUUGUAUUUUGAGUCCCAAGAAGGUGAACGAGUGAACCUUAUUGAACCUGUCAAUGCCCAGGGCAACGUGGAGAUUUGGUUAGGGCUUCUCCUUAAUGGAGUGAAGAAGACUCUGCACAACAUCAUCAAACAAGCAUCUAUUGCCAUCAGUGACUCCGGAUUCAAGCUGUAUGAUUUCCAGGCUAUGUACCCCGCACAGAUUGGCCUUUUGGGAAUUCAGAUGAUCUGGACUAGGGAUGCCGAGGAAGCCCUAAAUGUUUCUAAAAUCGACAAAAAGGUUAUGCAAACAACAAAUCAGAAAUUCCUCGAUCUUCUGAAUGAUUUGAUUGAUAUGACAACACGUGACCUAACAAAGAUGGAGAGGACCAAGUACGAGACUUUAAUCACCAUUCACGUUCACCAGAAAGAUAUCUUCGAUGAUUUGGUCCGCAUGAAUAUUAAAUCUGCUUCUGAUUUUGAAUGGCAAAAACAGUCCAGAUUUUACUUUGUUGAAGAUAUUGAUAAAUGCAUCAUCCAAAUCACAGAUGUGGAAUUCAGUUACUGCAAUGAGUACUUGGGCUGCACCGACAGGCUGGUCAUCACCCCUCUCACGGACAGAUGUUACAUCACACUAUCCCAAGCCCUGGGAAUGAGCAUGGGGGGCGCCCCAGCAGGUCCUGCUGGAACAGGAAAGACAGAGACCACCAAAGACAUGGGAAAAUGUCUUGGAAAGUAUGUAGUGGUCUUCAACUGCUCUGAUCAGAUGGACUAUAGAGGACUGGGUCGCAUAUACAAAGGUCUAGCCCAGUCUGGUGCGUGGGGCUGCUUCGAUGAGUUUAACCGCAUUGAGCUGCCAGUCCUUUCAGUGGCUGCCCAACAAAUUUACAUAGUCUUACAAUGCAAGAAGAAUAAGAAGAACCAGUUUAUAUUCACUGACGGUGACGUGGUUGACAUGGACAGAGAAUUUGGUAUAUUCUUAACCAUGAAUCCAGGCUAUGCAGGCCGGCAAGAGCUUCCCGAAAAUCUAAAAGUCCAAUUCCGAACAGUGGCUAUGAUGGUACCAGAUCGUGCUAUCAUCAUGAGGGUAAAAUUGGCCAGUGCCGGCUUCCGGGAUAACCAGAUCCUCAGCCGCAAAUUUUAUACUCUUUACAAGCUGUGUGAGGAACAAUUAUCCAAACAAGUCCAUUAUGACUUUGGAUUGAGAAAUAUUCUAUCAGUCCUCCGGACACUGGGGGCAGUAAAGAGAUCCAAUCCCAAUGAACCUGAGAAAACCGUUGUCAUGAGGGUCCUCCGUGACAUGAAUCUUUCUAAGCUGGUAGAUGAAGACGAACCUCUAUUUAUGAGUCUGAUUAAUGAUCUUUUCCCGGGUAUUACUCUUGAUAAAGCCGGGUAUCCAGAACUAGAAGCUGCUAUUCAGAAGCAGACGGAGGAAGCAGGCCUUAUCCAUCAUCCACCAUGGAUUCUAAAACUCAUUCAGCUGUACGAGACACAGAGGGUCAGACAUGGAAUGAUGACCCUGGGCCCCAGUGGUGCAGGGAAAACCAAAUGUAUAAACAUCCUUAUGAAGGCCAUGACGGACUGUGGCGCACCGCACAAGGAAAUGAGAAUGAACCCCAAAGCAAUCACUGCCUCCCAGAUGUUUGGAACUCUCGAUGUGGCCACAAACGACUGGACAGAUGGUAUAUUUUCAACACUGUGGAGAAAGACUCUAAAAGCAAAGAAGGGAGAACAUAUAUGGAUUGUCUUGGAUGGGCCUGUAGAUGCCAUUUGGAUAGAGAACCUAAAUUCUGUCUUAGAUGAUAACAAAACUCUCACUUUGGCCAAUGGUGAUCGUAUCCCGAUGGCGCCAAACUGCAAAAUCGUGUUUGAACCUCACAACAUUGACAACGCCUCUCCAGCAACCGUGUCCCGAAACGGCAUGGUCUUCAUGAGCUCCUCAGUACUAGACUGGAGACCCAUAUUAAAGGCUUGGUUACAGACCCUUCCGGCUGCCCACCACGAGAUUCUCUGGAAUUGCUUUAACGGAGUCUUUCAGGAUCUCAUUAAUUUCGUCUUUACCGUUGUGAGUCCAAAGAUGCAGAUACUGGAGUGCAUGUACAUUAAGCAGGCCAUUGACCUCCUCCAGGGUCUGUUGCAUGACAAGGAUGAAAAACAGCCCGGCCCGGAACAUGUAGCCCGCCUAUUUGUCUUUGCAGUCAUGUGGUCAGUGGGGGCUCUACUAGAGCUAGAAGACCGUUUGAAGAUGGAAAUAUUCCUUCGCAAUCAUUCCGCUCCUCUUCAACUUCCUGCAGUGAAUGGAGAGGAGACUAUCUUUGAAUUUGUAAUUAAUGAAAAUGGGCAGUGGGAACACUGGUCCAAAAGGGUCCCAGAAUAUGUUUAUCCAAAGGACUCCGUUCCAGAAUAUGCCUCAAUUUUAGUCCCAAAUGUUGACAAUGUCCGAACAGAUUUCCUGAUGCAUACCAUUAUGAAGCAAGGGAAAGCAGUUUUGCUCAUAGGUGAGCAGGGGACAGCAAAAACAGUCAUGAUUAAGGGCUACACAAGCAAGUAUGAUCCAGAAUAUCAUGCCACAAAGUCUUUGAACUUUUCUUCUGCCACUCUGCCAAAUAUGUUCCAGAGGAGUAUUGAAAGUUAUAUUGAUAAACGGAUGGGGACCACGUACGGCCCCCCUGCUGGGAAGAAAAUGACAGUCUUUAUUGAUGAUAUCAAUAUGCCUGUGAUCAACGAGUGGGGGGAUCAGAUCACCAAUGAAAUAGUUCGACAGCUCAUGGAGCAAAAAGGUUUCUACAACUUGGAGAAGCCUGGUGAAUUUACAAGUGUAGUCGACAUUCAGUUUGUGGCCGCUAUGAUACAUCCAGGGGGUGGUCGAAAUGACAUUCCUCAGCGUUUGAAGCGUCAGUUUACUACAUUUAACUGUACACUCCCAUCAAAUUCUUCCAUUGACAAAAUUUUCCGAACAGUAGCAGAAGGAUAUUUCUGUGAGCAGAGAGGAUUCCCUCUAGAUGUUUGCCAACUGGCAUCUGUCUUAGUGCCUUCUACCCGCAAAGUCUGGCAGGCCACUAAAAUAAAGAUGCUACCAACCCCGGCUAAAUUUCAUUACAUAUUUAACUUACGAGAUCUGAGCCGUAUUUGGCAGGGGAUACUCACGGUUACAUCAGAUGUUUGUAAGAGCACGAAUAUCUUGGUAGCCCUAUUCAAACAUGAAUGCAGACGGGUGAUUGCAGACAGAUUUGUUGAUGAGAAGGAUAAAGACUGGUUUGAGCACACAAUGCAUAAGAUUGCAGUUGAGGAUCAUGGCCAAGAGUUGAUACAGAAUACGUUGGAAGAAGCAUACUUUGUCGACUUCCUUCGUGAUGCUCCUGAGGCUACAGGAGAAGAACCAGAUGAUGCUGAUUUGGAGGCUCCUAAAAUAUACGAACCUAUCCCUUCAUUUGAACAUCUUUCGGAGAGACUUAACAUGUUCAUGCAACAGUACAAUGAGGCAGUCCGUGGAGCUAGGAUGGACUUAGUGUUUUUCCGGGAUGCAAUGAUUCAUUUGGUAAAGAUCUCCCGGAUUAUCAGGACCCCGCAAGGAAAUGCAUUGCUGGUUGGUGUUGGAGGAUCCGGCAAGCAGAGUUUAACUAGACUGGCUUCAUACAUUGCUGGUUAUCAGAGCUUCCAGAUUACACUGACCAGAACCUAUGGUACAAAUAACCUUAUGGAUGAUCUAAAACUCCUUUACCGUACAGCUGGUCAGAAAGGAAAAGGAAUCACUUUCAUAUUUACAGACAAUGAAAUCAAGGAUGAAUCAUUUUUGGAGUACAUGAACAAUGUGCUGGCUUCUGGGGAAGUAUCAAACCUGUUUGCAAGAGACGAAAUUGAUGAAAUCACACAAGAUCUCAUCCCUGUUAUGAAGAAAGAAUAUCCACGGCGUGCUCCAACUCCUGAAAACCUCUAUGACUAUUUUCUUUCCCGUGUUCGCAGUAACUUACAUGUAGUAUUGUGCUUUUCACCUGUUGGGGAAAAGUUCAGAACGAGGGCACUAAAAUUUCCUGGCCUAAUCUCUGGUUGUACCAUGGACUGGUUCCAACGUUGGCCAAAAGAUGCAUUGGUAGCCGUGGCUGAUCAUUUCCUAGCUUCCUACAAGAUUGAAUGCACUGAUGAGGUGAAGCAGAGUGUGGUUAAUACCAUGGGGACAUUUCAAGACAUCGUAGCAGAAAAGUGUGUUGAGUAUUUUGAAAGAUAUAGACGUCAGACGUACGUCACUCCCAAGUCAUACCUAUCAUUCAUUAGUGGCUACAAGUCCAUUUAUGCAGAGAAAUAUGAAAACGUUGGUAACCUUUCUAACCGUAUGAAGACAGGUCUGGCAAAGUUGAUGGAAGCAGAAGUAUCAGUGAAUCAACUGUCUAAAGAAUUAGCCGUGAAAGAGAAAGACUUGGCUGUUGCCUCAAGAAAAGCAGAUGAGGUUUUGCAGGAAGUGACCUUUAAGGCUCAAGCGGCUGAAAAAGUGAAGAUGCAAGUGCAAAAAGUCAAAGACAAGGCCCAAGCCAUUGUCGAUGAGAUUGCCAUUGACAAGGCGGCUGCUGAGGAGAAGCUUGAAGUGGCGAGGCCUGCAUUGGAGGAGGCAGAGGCGGCUCUGGAGACCAUAAAGCCUUCUGACAUAGCAACAGUUCGCAAACUGGGUAGACCUCCUCAUUUAAUUAUGAGAAUCAUGGACUGCGUUUUGCUCCUGUUCCAGAGAAAAAUUGAUCCAGUGACACUUGAUCCUGAACGACCGUGUCUCAAACCUUCCUGGGGAGAGGCCCUAAAACUAAUGAAUAACUCUGGGUUCCUUAAUACCCUGCUUACUUUUCAAAAGGACUCAAUCACUGGAGAGGUGGUUGAACUGCUUCAGCCUUACCUGGACAUGGAUGACUACAACUUAGAGUCUGCUAAAAAAGUUUGUGGCAAUGUGGCUGGCUUGUGUUCUUGGACACAGGCUAUGGCAUAUUUCUUUGGAAUUAACAAGGAAGUCCUUCCCCUGAAGGCUAACUUGGCACUACAGGGAGCCAAACUCGCGGCUGCCCAAGAAGAACUCAACAAUGCACAGAAGCAGCUUGAUGCAAAGCAGAAAGAGCUGGAUGAAGUGCAGGCCAUGUACGAUGCUGCCAUGAGGGAGAAACAGGCUCUAGUGGAUGAUGCUGAAGCCUGUCGCAGGAAGAUGGUCAAUGCAACUGCAUUAAUUGAAGGACUUGGAGGAGAAAAAAUACGUUGGACCGAAAGCAGCAAAAGCUUUCAGAAUCAAAUAAUUCGACUAGUGGGAGAUGUUCUUUUGGCUACCGGCUUCCUCUCCUACAGUGGUCCGUUUAACCAAGAAUACAGAAGCUUGCUGCUUCAGAUGUGGAAGAGGGAGAUGAACACUAACAGAAUACCAUACAGUGAUGACCUCAACCUUAUCUCAAUGCUUGUGGACAAUGCCACCAUUGGGGAGUGGAACCUUCAAGGACUCCCAAACGAUGAUCUUUCUAUCCAGAAUGGAAUCAUCGUUACAAAAGCAUCUCGAUUUCCUCUGCUGAUUGACCCACAAGGUCAAGGAAAAAUCUGGAUUAAAAAUAAAGAAAAAAACAAUGAACUUCAGGUGACAUCUUUGAAUCACAAGUAUUUUAGAAGUCACCUUGAAGACAGCCUUUCUUUGGGGAGACCCCUGAUGAUAGAAGAUGUUGGAGAGGAGCUUGAUCCUGCACUUGACAAUGUCCUGGAGAAGAACUUUAUAAAAUCUGGAUCCACUUUUAAAGUAAAAGUUGGAGAUAAAGAGGUAGACGUAAUGAAAGGCUUUACUCUUUACAUUACUACGAAACUGGCAAAUCCUGCUUAUACCCCUGAAAUCAGUGCAAAGACAGCAGUCAUUGAUUUUACCGUAACCAUGAAAGGUCUGGAAGACCAGCUCCUUGGACGUGUCAUUCUCACCGAAAAGCAGGAACUGGAGGCUGAAAGAGUUAAAUUAAUGGAAGAGGUGACUUCAAACAAAAGGAAGACAAAGGAACUUGAGGACAAUCUUCUGUACCGUCUCACCAGUACCCAGGGGUCUUUAGUGGAGGAUGAGUCCCUGAUUGAAGUCCUCAGGAUAACAAAAUCAACUUCAGAGGAGGUCAGUGAGAAGCUGACUGUUGCGGCAGAGACGGAGGUGAAGAUUAAUACAGCUCGCGAGGAGUAUCGUCCUGUGGCCACGCGCGGCAGCAUUCUGUAUUUUCUCAUUGUGGAAAUGAGUUUGGUGAAUGUGAUGUAUCAGACGUCGCUCCGUCAGUUCCUGGGCAUCUUUGACCUGUCGAUGGAAAGAUCUGCAAAAUCCCAACUCACGUCCAAAAGAAUCGCCAACAUUAUAGAAUAUCUCACUUUUGAGGUGUUUAAGUACACAGUGCGUGGCCUUUAUGAGAAUCACAAGUUUCUCUUUACAUUGCUAAUGGCUUUAAAGAUAGACCUACAAGCUAAGAAAAUUUCUCAUAAUGAAUUCCAAACACUCAUCAAAGGGGGUGCAACUCUAGAUCUCAAUUCAGUGGAACCAAAGCCAAAGAAAUGGAUACUGGACAUGACCUGGCUUAAUCUAGUGCAAUUGUCCAAUCUGCCUCCAUUUAAUAAUCUCCUGGGGCAGGUGGCAAGAAAUGAGAAAGCCUGGAAGAGCUGGUUUGAUGUGGAAGCUCCGGAAGAGGCUCCAUUACCUGAUGGAUAUGAUAGUUUGCUAGAUACAUUCAGAAAACUUCUUCUGAUCCGAAGCUGGUGCCCAGAUCGCACUAUAGCACAGGCUCGUCAUUAUAUUGCUGAAUCUCUAGGUGUUAAGUACGCUGAAGGUUUCAUCCUUGAAAUGGAAGCCAUGUGGGCUGAAAGCAACUGUAGAACGCCUCUGGUUUGCUUUUUGUCAAUGGGGUCCGAUCCUACUGAAAAUAUCGAACGCCUGGCCAAAUCAAAGAACGUUCCUUGCCGUGCAAUUUCCAUGGGCCAGGGUCAAGAAGUCCAUGCUAGGCGCUUACUAAGCCAGUCUAUGCAAGAUGGUGGAUGGCUCCUUCUUCAGAACUGCCACUUGGGCCUGGAUUUUCUGGAUGAACUUCUGGAUACGAUCACCAUCACAGAAGCUGUCCAUGAAGGCUUCAGGACCUGGAUCACCACAGAAGUCCAUCCCAAAUUCCCAAUUAAUCUCCUGCAGUCAUCUAUAAAAUUCACCAAUGAACCACCUCAGGGUGUGAAAGCAGGAUUGAAACGGACCUAUUCUGGAGUGUCACAGGAACUACUAGAUGUAACCAACAUGACACAAUGGAAACCACUGCUCUACGCAGUAGGAUUUCUCCACACAACUGUGCAGGAGAGGAGGAAGUUUGGUCCAUUAGGCUGGAACAUUCCAUACGAGUUUAACCAGGCCGAUUUUGCCGCUAGCGUGCAGUUUGUUCAGAACCAUUUGGAUGAUAUCGGCACGAAACGUCCUGUGAACUGGAACUGCCUGCGUUAUAUGUUGGGAGAAGUGCAGUAUGGUGGUCGUGUGACAGAUGACCUAGAUAAGACAUUGCUCAACACCUUUUCCAGAGUGUGGUUUGGAGAUCAUAUGUUUUCUGAUAAAUUCUGCUUUUACCAAGGCUAUGGCAUUCCCAAAGGCAAAACAGUAGAUGACUUCCUCCAGUACAUAGAGCAGCUGCCUUUGGUAGACACACCUGAGGUAUUUGGAUUGCAUUCAAAUGCAGACAUCACCUACCAAACAAACAUGGCUAAUGAGACCUUAAGCACAAUAGUUAAUAUCCAGCCCAAGGACAGCGGCGGGGGUGCAGGAGAAACACGAGAGACCAUUGUCCAGCGCCUUGCCAAUGAAAUGCUUGAGAAAUUGCCAGAGGACUACAUUCCCCAUGAGGUAAAAGCACGACUUCAAAAGAUGGGUCCUUUUCAGCCAAUGAACAUAUUUCUACGCCAAGAAAUUGAUCGCAUGCAACGAGUGAUUGCACGCGUUAGGAGUACACUUACUGAUCUGAAGCUGGCAAUUGAUGGUACCAUCAUUAUGUCUGAGGAUUUACGAGAUGCUCUGGAUAACAUGUAUGAUGCCAGGAUUCCAAAGCUGUGGUAUAAGAUUUCCUGGGAGUCAGCCACCUUGGGGUUUUGGUUUACCGAGCUGCUGGAAAGGAACCAGCAGUUCCGAAGCUGGUUAUUUGAAGGCCGACCUAAUCAGUUCUGGAUGACAGGAUUUUUUAAUCCCCAAGGCUUUUUGACAGCCAUGAGACAGGAAACAACUCGGAUGAACCUAUCCAAAGGCUGGGCGUUAGACAGUGUCAUUUUGCAUAAUGAUGUCACAAGAAUGAUGAAAGAAGAUGUUAAUGCCCCCCCUCCUGCUGAUGUCGGUGGCGUAUACAUUUAUGGGCUUUUUCUUGAUGGUGCUGGAUGGGAUCGCAGAAACACAAAGCUCAUGGAAUCUUCCCCUAAGGUCCUGUUCACAAAUUUGCCUGUAGUCCAUGUCUACGCUGUGAGCACCAUGACCCCCGCAGACCCUAAGAAACAGCUGGGAAACCUUUAUUCCUGCCCUGUGUACAAGAAGCCUCGGAGGACAGACCUCACAUACAUUUUCUCUUUGUUUUUAAAAACCACAGUAGUCCCUGACCAUUGGACCUUGAGGGGAGUGGCUCUUCUAUGUGACUCCAAAUAACCCCAACAAGGAGAAGACUUCCUGAUAUCUUAAAAUAUAGCAAUGUUAUGGUCGAGAAGUACAAAUACAUGAUUAUCCAUUGGUACUCUACAGAAAUAACAGGCACCUAUCGUUUUAUUACCGAUAACAUGGGCACUUGAUAUGAAUUUCUAAAUGUUUAUCACCAUCUUAAUGUUCACUGAUUUCCAUUGGACUUGGCCAAAAGAGAGAGGUAGUAUUUAUAGCUGUACAAAAUAGAUUUCAAGCACUUUACUAUAUACUCUACUUAGAAUAACACAAGAAAUGGAAAACUCCUACCUAUAAAAACUUCAUUCAUCUCCCCUUUAACCAUGUUAAUUAUGCAUGCAUAAUCAGAGGAACAUCGGUGCACAUCAACCUAUUCUGGAUUAACAACAAAAAAACAUAAUACUGUAUCAGGAUUCACAAAAUAUCACAGAAAUAUGAUAUAUUUGUGGAUUAAAAUAAAAGUAUAGUUCAAAGCACAUAAAAAAAAAUCAAUACUCAUUUCAUGUCUGUUAUCUGAAAAUGACUUUGCUGUGAUAGUCUUGCAUUCUUGUUCUGUAUUGGUACAACUUUAAAUAAACCGAGCAAUCAUGAGA